AGUGUUGGGUAAAACAAAAGUAUUCGGCAUUGUUAAAUCUAUCUUUCAAUUGAAAAAUGGUUUUUGCAGUUUCAUAAAAAUACUGUUUAAACUAAUUACAAAUGGCGUUUUGCGGUGAGGCAUCAACGUGGGCCAAAGUUGGCCUACUGUUGAUGAUUAUAGCUCUCGGAUUACACUGUGCUGGGUAUGGCACGAACUACUGGAUGGCUAGGAACACAGCUCGGGACAAGAUGAAUUUUGGUAUAGGUCUUUGGAAGAUGACAAAUUGCUCUGGUUAUUACAACGCCCCCUGUACCGACGGCGACAUCCCAGAUAGCUAUAUGAAAACUUAUUUGAAAGUUGUACGAGGUAUGGAAUCAAUUGCUUUGAUCUUAAUCCUUGUUCCGACAAUAUGCCUUCUGUUCUACGUUGGUUCUCAAAGGUCAAGGACAAGAGGCAUGGCCGUGGCUGUAAUGACUAUCAUAUUUAUAGCAGCUGCAAGUAGCAUAACCGGUAUGAUAGUGUGGAUAAGCAAGGUACCGGACUACCAUUAUCCCGGCUGGUCAAUGGGACUGACGGUGUUUGCAUGUACCCUGUGUAUAACGGCCGCAAUACUCUUGAUACCGGACAUCAGAGAAUAUGAUUAUAAAGAUAUGCUGAAGGUGGGUGGGGAGUUCCAGAAUUUGUCUGUGACAAGAGAAGAACAUCCUCCCCCGUCAAAUGACGACAUGUACAAGGAUGACAUAAAACCGGUGGUAGAGCCACAAGGACCGCUGUCUGCGCCAGCUUACCAGUUCUUGAACUAUGACAAAAGGCGUAAAAUGGACGGCUUUUAGUCUGUGAUAAAUUACCUUCAAAUGUGACCGGAGACUUUGAACAUCCACUUACCUAAAAUAUUUUUUCUUAUACAUUGAUGGUUCAUUAUGUUAAAUCGGGUGUUCGUAUAUAAUCACAUAUUUUGAAAGUUGUUUUCAAUUUUUUUGCUACGUACUUUUAUAUAAAACUAUUAAUAUUUAUACAUGUGAUUUAUACAAAAGCUCUUUCAAAUGCAGUGCAAUGCAUUGUAAUACAUUGCAAUUUGAAAAAGAAAAUAGAGGGUUGUUAAACUUAUCUGCAUUACUUGAAAACGAUAUAUUACUGCAAUAGUCAACACAAUGUUUACAACAAGUAAAACUGAUAUUCUGUCAUUCAUAUGUCCAGCUGCUGUCAUGCCAUUCUAAAAGAUUUCAAAUGGCAUGUUUAGGAUACAUAUUUUUAAGUGAAACUGUGAAAUUUACGAAUAUUUUCAAGAAAGCAGCAAGUGGAUCUGAAUAUAUACCUAUCCUUUGAUCAUCGCUGUGUCUUAUAUGUCUUAAUCUGAGGGUUAUUUAAAUAAAUAUUUUGAAAAGAA